UGAGGAACCUCCACGCCACUCUCCAGGGCGGUGGCACUGUCUGCGUUCCUGCCGGCGGCGCAGGAGGGCUCCCCCUUCUCUCGUCCUCGCCAGCCCGUUGUUUCCCGUGUGGUUCGUUUUAGCCACUCUGACGGGCGGGAGGUGAUCGCUCGUGGCACUUUUGAUUUGUGUUUCCCUGAUGAUCAGCGAUGGAACCAAACCGCAGGAGGACGAGAAUGAGGCUGCUCCUGGACGUGCGCGCAGACCAGCCGUGAGCAGAGACGCACUUGGCCGUGGGGGGCGGGGCCCGCACGGUGGUCUCCUUGGUGGAGAUUCAACAUUUUCCACAAAUGUUCUAAAGAUGAAAACAGUUUCUCCUGGGACCAAGAUGACUGAUGGAAACCUCUCCACGUCUGCGAAUGGCGUAGCCUUGCUGGGCGUUCUGGAAGGCCGGCCCGGAAACCACGUUCCGGACCUGCAGCAGCUGAGUCUCAAGGCCCCCAGGCCCCUCCCGUUGCCGGAGAACGGGCCCAAGCCGAAAGCCGGGCCCGUGGAGGAUCGGCACAGCCUUCAGUCCGUGGACUCGGGCAUUCCUACCCUCGAGAUCGGGAACCCGGAACCCGUGCCCUGCAGUGCGGCCCACGUGAAGAGGAAGCCGUCCGAGUCGGGGGCGGUCCCCGAGCGGGCCUGCCAGAGCGCGUGCCCGCUGCCGUCCUACACGCCGCCGGCCUCGGGCGCCGCCGAGUGGGAGCGGGGCGUGCGCAGGUCGUCCACCUUCCCCAGGACGGGCUACGACGCGGCCGAGCCCUACAGCCCCGCCGGCAAGGCCCUGAGCCGCAGCGACGAUGUGUCCGUGUGCAGCGCGUCCAGCCUGGGCACGGAGCUGUCGGCCACGCUGUCCGGCAGCACAGAGGACAUCUUGGACCUUGUGGUCACGAGCAGCUCCAGCGCCAUCGUGACCCUGGAGAGCGAUGACGGCCCGCGGUUCACGGACGUCACCUUGGGCUCCGCCGGGGAGGCCCGGGCACCGUGCCGGCAGGACCGUGUCGGCGGCGCUGAGGACGGCAGCAAAUCGAAAAUACUGGGGCCGUUUAGUAACUUCUUCACCAGGAAUUUGCUUGCUAGAAAACAGAAUGCAAGACUUGACAAACAGAAUGACUUGGGAUGGAAGUUGUUUGGAAAAGUACCACUUCGAGAGAAUGCUCAGAAAGAUUCAAAGAAAGUACAAAAGGAAUAUGAAGACAAGGCUGGACGACCUAGCAAGCCGCCCUCUCCAAAGCAGAAUGUGAGGAAGAACCUUGAUUUUGAGCCACUUUCCACCACUGCACUCAUCCUGGAAGACCGACCAGCAAACCUCCCCGCGAAGCCAGCCGAGGAAGCCCAGAAGCACAGGCAGCAGUAUGAAGAGAUGGUGGUUCAAGCCAAAAAACGAGAGCUGAAGGAGGCGCAGCGGAGGCGGCGGCAGCUGGAGGAGCGGUGCCGGCUGGAGGACAGCAUCGGGAACGCCGUCCUCACCUGGAACAACGAGGUUCUGCCCAACUGGGACACCAUGUGGUGCUCCAGGAAAGUCCGGGAUCUCUGGUGGCAGGGGGUCCCUCCCAGCGUGAGAGGCAAAGUCUGGAGCCUAGCCAUCGGCAACGAGUUGAACAUCACCCACGAGCUCUUUGACAUCUGUCUGGCCCGGGCCAAGGAGAGGUGGCGGUCCUUCAGCACAGGCGGCUCCGAAGCGGAGAAUGAAGAUGCUGGGUUUUCAGCAGCGGACCGAGAAGCCAGCUUGGAGCUUAUUAAACUGGACAUUUCUAGAACGUUUCCUAACCUCUGCAUUUUCCAGCAAGGCGGCCCAUACCACGAUACGUUGCACAGUAUUCUGGGCGCUUACACUUGUUACCGACCGGAUGUGGGCUAUGUCCAGGGCAUGUCCUUCAUAGCGGCCGUGUUGAUCCUGAACCUAGACACUGCGGAUGCCUUCAUUGCUUUUUCAAACCUUCUGAACAAACCCUGUCAAAUGGCGUUUUUCCGAGUGGACCAUGGCCUUAUGUUGACCUACUUUGCUGCAUUUGAGGUGUUCUUUGAAGAAAAUCUGCCGAAAUUAUUUGCUCAUUUCAAGAAAAACAACUUAACUCCAGACAUCUACCUAAUCGAUUGGAUCUUUACCUUGUACAGCAAGUCUCUGCCCCUGGACCUGGCCUGUCGCAUCUGGGACGUGUUCUGUCGCGACGGCGAAGAGUUUCUGUUCCGCGCGGCCCUGGGCGUCCUGAAGCUGUUCGAGGACAUCCUGACCAAGAUGGACUUCAUCCACAUGGCCCAGUUCCUCACGCGGCUCCCGGAGGACCUGCCCGCCGACGAGGUCUUCGCCUCCAUAGCCACGGUUCAGAUGCAGAGUCGGAACAAGAAGUGGGCUCAGGUACACGGAAAGAUCGAUCGUCUGUCCUCUCUCCUGUCUCCUGAACGGCAGGACGGUCCUGAGUACGAGGGCCCCCUCCUCGCGCAUCUGGCUUCGGGCUGCAACCUCGUGAGGCCAGGGAGCAGCCGCUUGCUUCCAGCCGUGCGGACAGGCGGCUCGGGGCCCUCGGAGGCGGCGGGCUCCCCGGAGGCGGCCCUGCCAGAAAGGACUCUGUCCGGAGAGGCGUCCUUCCAAGACCCUGUCAUUCUCAUUGGUUCCCCUUCUGGAGACCUCUUCUUUCUACUGCCUGGUGCGAGGCUGGUGCGGGAGUGCGGGUCCGAGUCCGCUGCAAACGCCCGUUCUCCCCUCGCCAGCCCCGGGGAUACGCGCUCCUGCAGUGACCGCCGAUCGCGGGGGGACGGCGGGAGUCCGUCGCCGGCCCCACUUUGCAGGCUUCCCAACCGCAGAAGAACCCAGCGGGCCUGCGCCGCUUUUAGCGUGAACCUCGAGGAAGAUGGAGUCCCGUUUGCCGACGCCAGUGCUCCCUACAUACCCAACACUUUUAGAUUCACCUACAAAAACUAG